AUGGCGCCACAGUCUAUAGACAUGAAAUCUGGGUUUCCCCUUAGUGAGAGUGAUCGCCAGGUCCUGGCUCAGACCGACGAAGAGUUCGUUUACCAUGAUUGUAAUACGCUAGAACUGCUCAAGCGAAAACCAUCCGACUUACGCCGAUACGCAACAUGGAGCUCCAACAUCAAAGAGCAAUAUGGCAAUAUAACGAACUUCCUAUGUCGGGAACGUCUGCAUUGUACAAUAGACAAGGAUCCGCAAACACUGAUAGAUACUACUCCUGAAAACGGAGAUGUAACCGAGGAAUCGCGGACGUUGAUCGAUGACUUUGUGCACCGAACGUUUACUUCCAGGCUAAAUGAGUUUAGCGAUGCGGCUGAUAGAGUCGUAUGGUUUAAGAAUUGGACGGCCCUGCAGAGUGUGAGAUCUUUAGAGCAUAUCCAUGUGCUUGUGAGGGAUGUUCCUGACAAAAUUAUUGUGGAGUGGACCGGUGAGGAAGCCAGGGAACUCUCCCAAGCAAACUGA